AUGUUGAAAAUAAAAAAUCUUAAUGAAUAUUUUGAUGAUUUUGCAAAGAAAUUACAUCAUUAUUCUACUCAUAGCCAAACUUCAAUGAUAAAUAUUAUUUGGUAUGAUAGAAAAAUUCAAAAUGAUGAAGAUCAAAAUUAUAUUAAAAAAUUAAAAGAAGAAUUUUCAACAGAACAAUAUCGAAUUUUAUCGUGUGAUAAUAAAGAACAAUCGAUUGAAUUAAUUAAAUCUAAUAUUCAAAAUAAUUUAAUCUUAAUUACAUCAGGAUCAGCUGAAAAAGAAAUUAUUUCUGAAAAAGGAUAUUAUUUUCAUAUUAAAGGUAUAAUUAUAUUUUGUUCUUCAAUUGAAUAUCAUCGAAUAUGGGCAAAGCAAUAUAAAAAAGUUUUACUUGUUACAAAUCAAUUUUCUCAUGUUAUUGAAAAAAUAAAAGAUAUCGAAUGUGGUGAAAUUUAUUUUUUAAAUUUUGGUUUUUCAUUUGAAGCUAUUACAUUAAAAUUAAAAAAUUCUAAUUAUUAUCUAUCAACAAAAUAG